AUGGCAUCAUCUUCUCUCCAAAUUUGUGCAUUGCUGCUGGCCCUAGGAGGAUUCACCAUUUCACUUGUUACUACCAUGUCCAACAGAUGGAAAAUUUCAGACACCACAGCCAUGCUGGUUACUACAGACUGGAUUUCUGAGGGUCUUUGGAUGGACUGUGCAGUGACUGCCUCUGGAUCAGUACAGUGCAGGAAAUGUCCCUACAUGCUGACUUCAGACACUUAUAUUCAGGCAUGUCGUGCCUUGAUGAUUGCUUCCAUCCUUUUGGGAUUCCUAGCUGCAGUACUCUCGCUGCUUGGGUUGAAGUGCACAAACAUUGGCUUGAGUGAUGAAGAAGGCAAAACAAAGUUUACUGUCACGGGAGGAUUUCUCUUUAUUUUAGGAGGUCUCUGUUCCAUGGUGGCUGUUUCUUGGUACGCUGCGAUGAUCACGGCUCAGUUUUUUGACACACUGUACGCUGGAACCAAGUAUGAACUAGGAGAUGCUCUGUACUUAGGCUGGGCUGGAUCUGUUCUUUACAUGCUUGGUGGGAUCCUACUGACCUGUUCAUGCAAAGGGAAGAAAUCCCAGGAUUACAGUGCCAAGAGAUACCCAUAUUCAGCAGGCCGGGCAGCUCACCAGCAGCACAUUUACACCAAAGACUCUGAGACAGUCAUAAGCAACAAGGAGUAUGUCUAAAUGUUUGACAUCAUCACUGGUAACAUUAGUGGGUUAUGAACUCAAAUAAAGAAGUCAGCUACUUCCAGCAUUCUGCUUCCAAGUUGCAAUCUUUCAUCUUGAUUUGGAGCAGUGCAAGGAGGAGGUAUGUUAUUUUUCCUUGUAAAUAGGAAUGGCUUUCCAGGAAUCAUUUUCAAAUGUAAACAGAUUUCUACAGAAAAUGCUGUGAUGUGGAAUCCUGCAGCCUGAAGGUUUUCUGCAUGCUGAGAAGCCUGGUAAAAUUUAACCAGAGAGUGCAGUGUAUCCUGACAAUCAAGAGCAACCAUUUCUACUUCAGAUGGCUCAAAAAUGUGGAACUGAUAUGUUGUAGCUGCCUGCAAGCUAAUACACCUCACAGUUAGAAAUGUGUUGUGCUUUCAUUAACGUUUAGCUUCCUACUUUUGUUUAGCAGCUUUAGCUUUUGACAGGAAAUAAACUUUGUUCCACAGAUUGUUGUUGAUAAGUGGUAUCCAGGCCAUCAAUAAGCAUAGAGUCAUUAUACUAUGGGAUCAAAGUCUCAUGUUAUGUAAGAUGGUCAAGAGCUGUAAAAGCUACCAAAAAAAAAAACAACCCAGCAGCCACUCGCCUCCAAAUCUGCAGAUGUGCAACAAAUUUCUUACUGGCUGCAGUGCAGAUAGCAAAAACAAAUGACAUAGAAUUAUAGAAUCAUAGAAUCAAUCAGGUUGGAAGAGACCUCCAAGAUCAUCCAGUCCAACCUAGCCCUAUCCAGUCAACCAGACCAUGGCACUAAGUGCCUCAUCCAGUCUUUUCUUGAACACCUGCAGGGAUGGUGCCUCCACCACCUCCCUGGGCAGCCCAUUCCAAUGCCAAUCACUCUCUCUGUGAAGAACUUCCUCCUAACAUCCAGCCUAUACCUACCCCAGCACAACUUGA